AUGUCGGGCAAGAGGGGGCCUCCUUCGGGGACGAUGGUGUCUCCCCGGAAGAGCUUCUUCCAGAGCCUGGACAAGGACGAGCGCGAUGCGCUGCUGAAGAUCGCCCCCAGCCUCAGGUCCAAGUUCGACGCGACCGACCGGCAGGAGCGCAGGCUCAGCCACGCGAGCGAGCCCGAGUCCCCGGCGUACCGGCUCCACCCGCCCAGCGUCAACGGAGGACGCAGCCCGCGGCACUCCACCGGCGCGGCGAGCGCCAGAUCCGCCGCCCACCACCAAACCACCGCGACGACCCCCGCGGGCAGCAGGCGCCCGUCGGUGGCGUACGCGAACCUGCCCGCGGACGACGACGUGGACGACGCCCCGCCGGUGACGAUCACGCGCGUGGGCGGGGGAUACUCCGGGGUGCGAUCGCCCAAGACGACGCCGUCCCCGGCUGCUCGGACCCCGGCCAUCGACGACGAUGAUCAUCACCAUCAUCGUCGCGGCGAUCGUCGUCGACCAUCCGCGACGACGACCCGCCGACCGUCCACCGCCGCCACCGCCCGGGAUCGAACCCGCGACCACAGAGCGGCGUUCGAUCCGUCUCUCACCAAGCAACUCGCGCACAAGGAAGCGACGCUCAGGUUCGAGCUGGAGAGGGUGAGGGCGCAAAACGCCACGUUACUCGCCGAAAACGACGGCUUGCGAGUUCGGCUCGAAGACGCCAGGCGAAGGUUCACCGCGACGGAGGGCGAUUUCGUGCUCCAAUCGCACGAGCUGGACCGCGCCAGGGAACGCGCCGUGGGCGAAGGCGCGCGGCGCGUCGCGGAGCUCGAGGACAGGUGCGACAGGCAGCGGCGGACGCUCCAGGAGCUGGCUGUGGCGUCGGAGGCGCUGGCCAAGGAUAACGUGGCGCUGUCCAACGAGCUCGUGGCGCUGCGAGAUUCCAACGAGGAGAACGAGGGGAAGGUGAGGGAGCUCACCACUCGGUUGUCGUCGGCGCAGAGGCUGUACCUCGCCGGGCAGAAGAGCUUGGAGCGCGCGGAGGAGCUGCGGGAGGCCACCGCGGGGGGGUCCGAGCUCGAGCGAAAGCUCGACGCGUUGCUCACCCCGGAGAUGUUGGCGCGAUCGAGGCCGCCGCCGUCCUAUCCGGCGCCCCUCGCGCUGGGCCCCGUCGACGCGUCGUCCUCCUCUGGCGUCGGGGGCGUCGGGGGGGGGCACGACGGCGUUCAAGGCGGCGGCGGCGGCGGCGGCGGCGGCCAACGGAUCCCCGGGUCGCUCAUCUCCGAUCGGCAAAAAGUCGCCGAGGAAAACUCCAAGCUCAGGGCUCGGCUCGAAAAGUCGGAGCGCCGCGUCGUCGAGCUCGGCGCCGAGAGCAGGGAAGCGAACGGCGCCCUCGCCGAGCUGCGAAAAGCGACCGCGGCCAGCUCGAGGCGGCACAACGCGCAGCUCACCGGCGCGCUGCGCAGGCUGCAGUGGCUGGUGGAGCGGCAAGGUCGGCUCGAGGCGGAGUGCGAGGAAAAAGACGCGUACGCCAAAUCGCUCGAGCGGCGGCUGCUGAGUCAGCACAAGACGCUGCGCGGGGUGGCGUCGUCCGCCGCCGGGAAAGGGGCGCCCUUCGCGCGCGCGUCGACGGUCAAGGGCGUCGCCUCGGGGCGAUCAACGGCGAUGGACGCGCGCGGGAAGGGCGGCGGGGGGGGCGGGGGCCGGGGCUUGCGAGCGUCGGCGGCGGCGCUCCUUCGAACGCCAGAGACGCCGCCCGAACGCUCGUCCUCGCGGUAUCGCGCCGGCGGGGGCGGGUGGGUCACGGGCGCGGGGCGGCGCACGCCCGAGGCGCGCGCCGCCAUCGCGCUCUCCCGCCGAGCGAUGGCGAUGAACGCGUCGCCCACGUCUGCGCCGACGCCGGGCGGCGAAGACGAUUCCGAUGACGAUUUGUCCGAUGAUCCGAAGGCGCGCGGUUCCGAUCCCGACGCCGACGCCGACGGCGCCGGACCCAGGCGACUGGACUGGGGACCGGGCUCCAGCGCGUUUAACCGCGUCGCGGGCGACGGCGCCGCGCCAUCCCCGGGAGACGAGAGGAGUUUAAACCCCAAAACUCGAAUCGCCGGGGUUGGCGCGAUCGGCAUCGCUCUCGAAUCUGAAGCCGUCGCGUCCGACGACGAGGAUACGCCGCGGCGGCCGGAGUGGGUGCACGCGCCGGCGAAGGCCACGCCGUCGCCGGGAACGGCGGGGUCGGGCUCGGGAAAGAAGUCGGGGACCAAGGCGAGGUCGGGUGCCGAGCCGAGCCCGCGUCCGAGGGCGGUUGGCGACGACAUGAGCAUGGAGGCGAUACAGGAUUACAUCGUGCAGUUGCAGAAUCUGCACGAGAGGAGCGCGCAGCUGGCGUCGAGCGGGGGCGGGGAGCCCGCGAGCGAGUCGCCGUUGCUGAUGGGCGACUGA